AUAUGUUUGAUCUAUUUGAUACCGUUCCAUUGAUUCCAUUCCAGCCAUUAGAAUGAGCCCAAAAAGCAUGAACAUGUCAGUACUUCAGGGACUGCAAACGGUCAGACAUCAGUCUCUCUCGCUCUCUCUCACUCUCACUCAGUCACCGACUGGUUCUGGGGAGUGGAGUUAGAUGGAACUCAGUGGCGCUGUAGCCGAGGUCACCAGUUUGGUCUGUCUUCCUCAUACACCACAACAGAACUGACAGAAAAGCAUCCACACAAGGAAGUCACCACCCAAUUCAUUCACUUCAAGUGAGAGCCUCAAGAUCUCAAAGCUAACCCCUGACCUAUAAGAGAUGGAUGGAUGGGACAAGCCUGUAGGGGCCAUGAUGUCCGAAGACAAUGGCAGCACCCCCACAUCACCUCUGGUCAACCAGUCUUGUGCGGACCGGAAGUGCUAUAUGGUUCUGCAUGAGGCGGAGAAGACAGCCAUCAGCUCCAUCUGUUUCCUGGCCGGACCCUUCACUUUCCUGGAGAAUGCGUUGGUCCUGGGUGUGAUCGCCACCACCGCCACCCUGCGCCAGCGUCCCUCCUACCUUUUCAUUGGCAGCCUGGCCCUGGCCGACGUCUUUGCCAGCUGCUUCUUCACCACCAGCUUCCUGGACUUCCACCUGUUCCACCGCCUUGACGGCCCCAACGCCUACCUCUUCAAGCUGGGCGGGGUGACGAUGGCUUUCACCGGCUCGGUGGGUAGUCUUCUGUUGACUGCUCUGGACCGCUAUCUCUGUAUACAUCAGGCGUCGAGUUAUAAAGUGGUGUUGACGCGCCGCAGGGCCCUGUUGGCUCUCCUUGCCCUGUGGAGCGCCACCAUCCUCAUCUCCUUCCUCCCUCUGAUGGGCUGGAGGUGCCCCACAGGGCUCAGCCCGCCCUGCUCGCGCCUCUUCCCAUACAUCGACCACCGCUACCUGGCCUGCUGGGUCAGCAUCAUCCUGGUGCUGCUGUCACUCAUCCUGGGCGCCUACGCCCUGAUCUUGUGGAGGGCCAAUCGGCAUGAGGCAUCCAUGACAGGCCACCAGGGGGUGCCUACCCGUGGUCAGGCCCGCAUGCGGCUGGACAUUCGGUUGGCACGUACCCUGGGCCUGAUUCUGCUCAUCAUGGUGGGCUGUUGGCUGCCGACCCUCUCCUUCAUGCUGGCAGACGUCUCGGUGCAGCUCAUGCGCAUCCAGCAGAGGGCCUUUGCUUUCUGCAGCACCAUGUGCCUGGUCAACUCAGCCGUCAACCCACUGCUGUAUGCCCUGCGCUGCCGGGAGCUGAGGUUGGCACUGAUGCGGCUAUUGGGGGGCCUGAGUGACAGGCUGGGGUGCUGCCAGAAGCACGUAGGGGGAGACACGUCCACUACCCUUCCCUUAGGCGAGAGCAACAGCUGUAGCGCUCACUCUGAGAGUGAGGCGCCCAGACUCGUUAGCUGCCGACCGAACACAGUCUCAGAAAUGGUUGGCAAGCAGCAGCUGGACAUGACUGGAAUAUGAGAAGGGUUGAGAGGCUUACCAUAUAUCAGGGUUAUAGCAGUGUUGUGAACUUGUGUUUCUUCUGUUGUGUUCAUAGCGAUAAGGAGGUAAUGUCUCUAAAAUGAACUGUGAUAACAGGGACUAAAACAAAGAUAACGACCAUGUUACCAUAAAUUGUGCUGACCCACCUACAAGCCAAGUCAAUCAGAGAUAAUAUUAUUUUAUUAUUUGUCCAAGGUACAUGAUAGAUUUAUUAUUAUUAUUAUUUUUUUUACAAUGUGAAAUAUCCCAAAUGAACACCUUUGGGAAAACAACAGCAUUGUUGGUGUUGGCAGUGUAAAUGUAGAUAGCUAUGUGUAUCCAUUGCUUGUUUUCGCUUGAGUGUCUGUCCUUUAGCGUCCAGAAGAGGAUCCUGACGGGUUCCCAUCUGCACAUAAAUACCUGUCCUGAAUAGAGGCCCUGUGGGUUGUAAACAAUGUCCUCCACAUUGUGACUGCAAGCAGUGUUGAGAUCAGAGGUGUAGGAAAGGCGGAGCCUGGGUGGGUCCAAUCAGAAAAAAAGAAGUCCACUCAGAUUUUGUAUUAUUUAUAUUUAAAAAUGUAUGCUUUUUUUAUGCUCUUUACUUCUCAGUGUUCCAAAUGGAACAUAGUGUUUGCAUAUUUAGGUAAAAAGACAAUCAGAAUUCAUAGCAAGCAGUACACUGGGUUAGUCAGAUUUGAUUAAAUAUAACGGAACAGA